CCUUGUAGAGUGGAAGUCAGGGAUCGUAAAAGCACUAUUUUUAACGAAAACGAUGGCUGUAUGUAAUGUAUGGCUGAGUCAGCUUACAAUUGUGAACAUUAUCCUCAAAAAUGUAAUUGUCCUGGCAAAUAACAACUUUUGCGGAAGAGUUUUUGAGACUCGUGUCGACUAUGCUUUAGUCGGUCAUGUUAUGGAAACGAUUGCUGUCAUGAAAGAAAUUCAAUGUCCGUUUAAAUGCUUGGCAAUUGACGGAUGUAUGUCGAUCAAUUAUUAUCCCAUGGCCAGUGACAGCAAUGGAAACCGAAUUUGUGAGUUGAAUAACAAAACAAGGCAAAUGAAGCCAGGCGAUUUUAAAAAGAAGAAAGGAUCUAUAUACUACGGUUCUGCUGAGGCCUCCUGCAUCGAUACUUCCUGGAAGUGGAAUGGACUCUCUAAAAUCGGUCAAUGUCAUCCGGAAUACAAAGGGACACAAUGCCAGACACCUCGUUAUGUACUGCAUCUCCUCAUCCGUAGCGAAGGUCGCGAGGAUCCAGGAAGGUAUCCAUUAGGUGUUACUGCUUCCAUCAAAGUGAAUGGAAAGGAUUAUUCUCCUCGUCUAAGAGGCCAUAAUGUGGUCAUUUUAAGCGGUGUAACAGGCUCCUUUCUCGACUCGAAAGUAUUUGAUACUCACGCCAGUUCUGAUGCUGGUUAUCGCCUGAGAGACUACCUCAACAGCAUAAUUGGGAAUAAAAUCGUUUUGAUCGCCAUUCAAGAUGAAGGCUCAAAGCACAUAUCACCAGCGAUUGACGCUCUGAAAAGAGUUCGCGCUACUGACGACAUCCUCGACUUGACAGAUUACAGAGGAUCUUUUGCUUUGGUGGGAUACGCAGGUGUGGACAAACCAACUUGGAUUGCUCAAAAAAGUGCAAAAAUGGGAAAGGGACCGAGUGAGAUAUCUCUGACGAUCCCACCGCCAACAGCUAUCAGAGGCUUAUACUACAAUCAGCCUGGUCAUUCCUGUACGGACAUCCGGGACUCGGGUUUCUUUAAAAAAGACGGAGAGUACUGGGUCGACCCUGAGAAGAACGGAAAGCCUUUAAAGGUCUACUGUGACAUGACAACUGACGGGGGAGGUUGGCUUCUUGUUUCAAACGUUGUCGUUGACAGCUCCUUGACGAAACAAUUUUCAACUGAGUCGUCGUACCAAGGAAUCAGUAACAUUUACAACAAGACCUUGUUCCUUACUCAAAAUGCCAUGAAAGAAUUGAGAACACACCUGUCUUUCACUCUACUGAGAUUCCACUGUAGUAAACAACAGGGACGCACGUUCCAUGUGACCACGGCUGCUAACAACUCCGGUGAAGCUGUGGUCCAGUACUUCAGCGGUCAGAUGGAUGACCAGCCGGCUGCAUGCGGCUCAUUCGUGAGGAUGAAGGAUGACGACUCGAAUUUGGCUGCAAAUUGUGAGCAAUGGAACGACCAAAAGUGGGGUGUCGUAAAUUCAGACAGAACCAGCCGAUUAUAUAAUACCUCUGCCUUUGUUAAUGGAAAAUAUCACUGGCGCUUAGUGCCAGGGAACCCAAGAUGGGAGUGCGAUGAUCACAACCUGGAAGGUGAAGAGUUCCUUGGAUUGUCUUCAGGAGAUUUCUGGAAAGUCUAUGUUCGUUAAGGACUAGAACAAUCUAAAUUAGUCUUACCUGUUCACGUUUUCCCGAAAACUGAGACUUCAUUUGGAGUCGUUAUCAUCAAAAUACUUCAAAUCUCACGUACGAUUAGUAAAAAUUUGUAAAUCGUUUCGUUUGAGUUCGUUCUCUUAUUUUAAUUUAUUAUUUAAGGCUGGGACCUCAUGCACGAGUUACGGGAACGAUGUUAAAUACUAAUAACGACUACCAUCACAAAGAGUUCGAAUCAGACUAAGACUUUGUUCCGACUUAAGCCCAGACUUAAAAAAAUGGUUUUAAUAAUUGUUCGUAUAUGAACUUUCUGGCUAAGGUCUUUCUUACUCCAAUAGUUCAGUUCUUCUUCCUUAAGUUUUACCUUUUUUUAGAUUUAGUUUUGCAAUAUUCAUCCUUUUAUGCUUGAAGUCCUCUACGUUUGAUAAUUAAAUGCUCGUUUGAUUCAGGUAAUUUUAUGAAUUUCAUCCAUUUAAAGACCUGUAUUCAGAAAAGUAGACUGACUAUGAAACAGGAAUUUGCAGUUAAUGAUGUUUUUGCUGCUGAAGGUUUUUAUUAUUGAUGUGAAUAUCAGCGUAAUUUUGCAGAAC